GGCCCCUCAAAAUUUUCCGUCUCCAAGCAACGCCACCAAACCAAUAGAAAUAAAAUUCCCUUUCUCUCUGGGGUUGAAGUUGAACCGAUCGCUCUUCCCUUCCCUCCCCUCACUACUGCCCAAAUCAAAGCCGAUUCAGGAAGACCUUGCGGGUAGAUGGAACAACCAGACGGCAUUGAUGCGGAGCAAAUUUACGAUGACUUCCUUUGUUGCAUCUGCCUGGAUCUUCUCUAUAAACCAGUUGCUCUGGCUUGUGGACAUGUAUGCUGCUUCUGGUGUGUCAAUAGAUCCAUGAGUGGUCUACACGAGUCUCAUUGUCCAAUUUGUCGGCAUCCAUAUCAUCAUUUUCCCACUAUUUGUGAGAUGCUUCACUUCUUGCUAUUGAAGAUGUAUCCAGUUGCGUACAAGAGAAGGGAAAAUCAAAUCCUGGAAGAGGAAAAGGAGAUUGGCUUCUUCUCACCAGAGUUGGAUGAUCUUCUUGGUGCACCACUUGCUAACAAAGAAUUGGAUCAUCUGGACAAUCAGGCACAAUCAUUCACCAAAAGUACUUGGGACAAUUUGUCUGCACAUCCUUCUAUUAAUAGGAACGGUGAUCCUUAUGCAAAUAUGGGGCAGUCAGAACGUGCCCCAGUUGUUCAAGAUAAUGGAUCAUGUACAAUUGAACUUAAAGAAAAGAGAAUGCCACAGAGAAAUUGCAAUGGGACUUGGAAUCAAGUUUCUGUUGAUGAUGUACUGUGUCCUGCUUGCAAGCAACUGCUUUUUAGGCCUGUGGUUCUUAAUUGUGGACAUGUAUUUUGUGAAGCUUGCAUCAUCCCAUCAGACGAGACAAUUAGAUGUCAUGUUUGUCAAAACAUGGAUCCAAGUGGUUUUCUAAAAGUUGUUCUGCAACUUGAUCAUUUACUAGAGGAAAAGUUUCCAAUGGAACAUGCAGCAAGGAAAGCCACAGUUCAGCUCAGGCAAAUACCGUUCCCAUGUGAUACUCUGUCUACAUGUUCUAAAAAAGCUUGUAAAGAAAAAGGUUUUUUACAUUGGUUGGGCGAUCAUGGCUCAAAGGUUCAUAUUGGAGCUGGUUGUGAUUAUUGUGGGAUGUAUCCGAUAAUUGGGGAUAGGUACAAAUGCAAGGAUUGCAAGGAAGCAGUAGGCUUUGACCUUUGUGGAGAUUGUUACAAUACUAAGUCAAAGCGUCCAGGUCGGUUUAAUCAACGGCAUACGCCAGACCACAGGUUUGAGAUUGUGAAGUCAAGUGCUAUACGCAAUAUAUUGUUGGGACUGCUGAGGGGACAACUAGAAGGAGGUGGAUCUACCCCUGCAAUUCUCUCUGAUGAUACUUCCGAAAAUCCAGAAGAUCAAGAAAACCACGAUACUGAGAAUGGUGAAAUUGUUUUACUGGCUCCUCGAGUUUCCAAUGAUGCUGUGGAGCAUAAAGAUGAUGAUGACACACAGCCACUGCAUGAUACUCAACAUUGACCAUCUGUUGCUGGACUGAAUGAAAGAGAAAAAGGUCAGGAGGAGGGCCAUUUUCGAUCAAUGCUCAUAGUCCUGCAGUCUCCUGUUGCAGGGUCGUAAGGCACUUUCCAUGCAUUCUUCGCCGAUAGCAGUAUGAAUGAGCCUGGACCCAGAGUUAAUUUUCCCAUGUUUGGAUAUCAGAAACUGGUUUCUUCUCACAGCGACAUUCAGCUGCAACUGCUUGUGACUUGUAAGUAUGCUUCGUGUGUAUAUCUGUAAUCAUACUCAGGAUGUAUGGCCAUAGUGUUUCCUAUAAAUUCUCGAAUAGCUUUGAAAGUUACCUUCUGUUGCUAUUUCAUGAGAGAAACAUUCUCCUUGGCGCAAUAAAAACCUCCUCAUUCUGUGAGGGGUUUGGUUGAGUAA